CCUGUCUGGCAAUAAUUUUUCGAUGAUAUCUUGUCGAGCUUCAGCCAGUUCCUAGUGCUCAGGUGCUAAGCCUCUACAGCAACCUAAUCUUCGGUUGGAUCCCCUCGUUCUUGGCUAAUCUCACCGAGCUAACCCAGUUUGAUUUGGGCUUCAAUCCCUUCUGUUGCGGAGUACGACCGUCGGAGAUCGGAAACCUAACGAAGGUCGAGGUUCUUGGGCUCCCGUUCGCGAACCUCACCGGUGACAUCCCCGACUCAAUCGGCAACCUCUCAAGCAAUGGGCUCACUGGAUGAAUACCGGCGAGCAUCGGACGAUUGAGGAGCAUCGAGAAGAUCGAACUGUGGCGAAACCAGCUGUCCAGCGACCUGCCGCAUACUUUGGGUAACCUGACAUCUCUGUUCACCUUUGAUGCCUCGGAGAACAAGCUCACCAGAAAAUUGCCAGAGGGGCUUUGCCGGUCUCAAUCUGAAUCUCUCCUACCGGAGUUGGGCCAGUAUUCCUACCUGACAAAUGUCGAUGUGUCCGGUAAUCCUCUUCCUGACUUUUUACCACCCGCAAUAUCAUCUCCAGUGUCCUCCUCAUCCUGGCCAACACCGCCCUCAUCCAGCCCCCCAUUGUGGAUGGGCCGCCGUUGCCAGUCUCUCCCUCCCGACGAAGCCACUAUAGAAGAAGAAGUGGGGCAUCAUCAAGUGCACCAUGAAGAGCUCCAACCACUAGAUCAACAUGGUGGCAAAGCGGGUUGUUGGGUACCGCCAGUAUGUGAAGGUCCUGAAGAUCCAAUUCAUCCCGAUCACAUUCGCGAUGAACCCCGCGACCGCCGCGCUCACCAGGAGGAUGCCCUAUCUCCAUCUCACACACCUGCUCGUUCUCCUCUCGUCGUUUCCUGCCUCUUUUUCCACGUUUCUCUUCGGCCGUAGCAGUUGAAGACAAUUACAAGCAUUUGGAUGGAUACCUUUUUAAAUCGAUCAUUUUAUAUUUUUGAAAUGGUUUGAAUAAACGACGUUAUAUUUCAGGAGGGAGCUGAAAUUUACCAUCAGACAACUAAUGGGGUCGGAUGCGGAUCGGGUUUGGAGCUACCCGCCAUCCUUACACCCGCGUUCGAUAAUUUCAUCCAGCUUCCUCCGCUCACCGGGCGUACCUCGCAAAGGCGAAAUCUCCGCUCUCUUCCCACCCUCGCCAAAUGGCGGCCAUGGCGCUCCGGUUGCUGAACUGCACCACGAUCCCCGGCGGAGCCCAAAGGCCGGCAGCGGAGGCUGCAUCCACGCGCAGGGCGAGGCGAACGGUUCCCCUCACCUCCGCCUCCUCUUCCUCUCCUCCCCCUCUCACCAAGAAGAAGGUUCUAGUUCCCGUAGGCCUGGGCACGGAGGAGAUGGAAGCCGUCAUUCUGGUGGAUGUCCUCCGCCGAGCUGGUGCCGACGUUGUCAUGGCUUCUGUCGAGCCGGGGCUUGAGGUGAAGGCUUCUUCGGGCACAAAGCUUGUUGCUGACACUUGCAUCGCUGCCUGCGCCAACGUGAUAUUUGAUCUUGUGGCGCUACCGGGGGGCAUGCCAGGUGCUGUGCGGUUGAGAGAUUGUGACAUCCUCAGAAAGAUGACAAUCAAGCAAGCAGAAGAGAAAAGAUUAUAUGGUGCUAUAUGUGCAUCUCCUGCUGUUGUUCUUAUGCCUUGGGGUCUUCAUAGGAGAAAACAGAUUACUUGCCAUCCAGCCUUCAUGGACAAGCUUCCUACUUUCCGGGCAGUUAAAUCAAACAUUCAAGUUUCGGGUGAGCUCACCACAAGUCGUGGCCCUGCAACAACCUUUGAAUUUGCUCUAUCAUUAGUUGAACAGCUGUUUGGCAGCACUGUGUCAGAAGAUAUUGGGGGAAAGCUGUUAAUACAAACUGAUGGUAGUCAUCAAAGAAAGGAAGAAUUUAAUAAGGUCGAGUGGUCAUUUGAUCAUGAACCUCAAGUUCUUGUUCCAAUUGCAAAUGGCUCCGAAGAAAUGGAAGUGGUAAUAUUGGUAGAUAUUUUAAGGCGUGCCAAGAUGGAUGUUGUGGUUGCAUCAGUUGAAAAAUCUAUGCAGAUUGUUGCAUCGCAGAGUACCAAGAUUGUUGCAGACAAGUCUAUAGCUGAUGCUUCAGAGACAACAUAUGAUUUGAUAGUUCUUCCUGGAGGAAUUGCUGGAGUAGAGCAUUUGCACAAGUCUAGAAUUCUGAAGAAAUUACUUAAAGAACAAAAAAAAGCAGGAAGGAUAUGUGGUGGGAUCUGCUCAUCUCCAUCUUUCUUGCAGAAGCAAGGCUUACUCAGGGACAAAAUUGCAACUGCUCAUCCUGCUGUUAUUGACAAGCUCACCGGCCAAGUUGCUGAUGGAACCGGAGUUGUAAUCGAUGGAAAACUCAUUACUUGCAGGGGCCUUGGAACUGUAAUGGAUUUUUCACUUGCUAUCGUGAGCAAGUUCUUUGGUCAUGCAAGAGCAAGAAGUGUGGCAGAAGGGAUUGUUUUUGAGUACCCCAAAGCCCAGGUUUAAAGAAUAUGGAUAGGAUAUAAGAUGUAGCAGAACUAGAAGUGAUUACCAUUUGGACCCAAUGAACUGUUGACAAUCUUCAUGAUGAAGCAUAUAUAUUUGUACCACACCAAUAUCAUCAAAGUCUGUUACUGCAUUACUUACCUGUGAUGGCGUGGAAUCCAGAUUGCUUGCACUGUUGAUGCAGGUGAUACUGUGCAUACACUAACAGGUAUCUAGUAAAUAUUU